GCAUGCAGAUAGCACAGGAGUUAUGCUUGAAAAAUGUGAACAUUACACACCCUGCAGAUAAUGAGGUUCGAGUGAAAAUGUUGGCUGCCCCUAUUAAUCCAUCAGAUAUUAACAUGGUCCAAGGAACCUAUGCUCUUCUGCCUCAGCUGCCAGCUGUUGGAGGGAAUGAGGGAGUAGGUGUGGUAGUAGAAAUAGGAAGACAUGUGUCCUCCAUGAGGCCCGGUGAUUGGGUAGUUCCUGUGGAUGCAGGGUUAGGCACGUGGUGUACAGAGGCCGUGUUCAGCGAGGAUUCCCUUGUGCGAGUUCCAAGUGACAUUCCUGUGGCAGGAGCUGCAACUGUGAGCGUCAAUCCCUGCACUGCUUACAGACUUCUCUCUGAUUUUGAGACUCUUCGGCCAGGUGACACUAUAAUACAAAAUGCAAGCAACAGUGGCGUGGGCCAGGCUGUUAUACAGAUUGCAACAUCACUGGGCAUCACCACCAUUAAUGUUGUGCGGGACAGGGAAGACCUGUCGAGCUUAAUACAGAGACUCCGUGACCUGGGAGCAGAUCAUGUGAUCACAGAAGAACAGCUCCGCAAACCUGAGAUGAAGGAUUUGUUCAAGAAUUGUCCUCGACCAAGACUGGCUUUAAAUUGUGUUGGUGGAAAAAGCACAACAGAAAUGUUGCGUCAUUUGGAUUAUGGUGGCACAAUGGUGACAUAUGGAGGGAUGUCAAAGCAGCCUGUUACUGUCCCUGUUAGCGCACUUAUAUUUAAAAAUGUAAAACUGUGUGGUUUCUGGGUAACUCAGUGGAAGAAAGAACGAGCUCAGACUGAUCGUGAGGAAAUUGUAAAGAUGAUACGGGAUCUUUGUGAUCUGAUCCGCCGUGGAAAGCUUGUUCCUCCUCCAUCUACUCAACGGCCUCUAGAAGAUUUCUCCAGAGCCCUCCAAGAUUCUCAGACUCCUUUCUUGUCCCGCAAGCAAAUACUAAUAAUGUGACUUGGCAAUGAAUUGUGUAGCACUGCAUAUUCAAAGAUUGUACAUUUCUAGUGUUAAACACAGAUCCUCAUAGCUCUGUACAGUCCCACAAUGGGUUUGUGUUUAUUAAAAACCACAUGUGUCUGUGUGUGGAUGUUAAAGGAUGGAAAAAUAAUUAGAAAAAGAUAUAGAUAAAUAUUUAUUAAUAAAUAUGUGCAUUUUAAAUUUUAUGGAUUAUGUUGUAUUUAUACAUACAGAAAUCCAAAUAAAGCAGUCAACAUAGGAGUACUAAUUGUUAGUCCUAGUAUGAUCAUAUAAUUAUUCCUGCCCUCUGCUUAAAGGACAGUAGCAGUAUAUUUCCCGGUUGUGAUUUACAUGGAUUGUUAAAGUAUACAGCAUGGCACAAAACCCUAGGCAUCCACACUACUGAAUAAUUAUUGUACUAUAGCAAAGAAAAUGCCCAUGUGCCAUUGUUAUACAUAUGAAAGUGCACUUGUGGGGAAAAAUCACAUUUUAGUUAAAGUUUUGAUUAAAAGGAAUAUUUAUUUACAUUAAAAUACAAAAACAACAUAAUUUCCUGAGUAUUACAAUCACUGGAGAACCAUUUUGACUGUGCAUCCAUAUAAACAAUAAAAAUAAAGGCCCUUCCA